AUGGCCGACACCAAGGACUUCGAUGUCGUCCGCAUCGCUCGAAGCGACGGCGCAGACACCGGCCCAGGAUACUGGCCCGCAACGACAACAGCUCCCAAGAAGACGGGCAAAGAUGCAGCCGCAGCAACGCCCCGUGCCAAACCCCAGAUGACGCGGCUGGCAGAAGAUGACCCGCGAUUCAUCGAGUGGCGGAUAAAGCUAGGAAUCCUCCUCAAGCAAGAGCUCUCACCCAAUCCCGAAGAAGGAAACCCAUGGUACGUCCAGUUCCCGCGCGGAUACUGGCUGUACGAAAAGUCCAAACACCUCUGGGUAUCAGGCUACCCCAUCAAAACCAAGCUGUACAAGAGCCCGCAGGAAUUCGGCGUCCACCUCAUCUGGCUGCUCUCCGCGUCAAAGGACUACAAAGACUGCUGCUGCGCGCACUGCAACCUGCCGAACCCUGCGAAACUCGCUUCCUCCGUGGAAGAGCUCAUCAUCACGCCCAGCGAGACGCCUGUUCCUGCGCCGGCCCCUGGAUCGGGAGUCAAGUCGUCGUCGAAUACACCGACUCCCGUUCCUGUUCCAGCCAUGCCACACAGAGUCACGCCUGUUCCUCUUCCUCCCAUCCCAGGACAACCAAGGCAGACACCUCCCAGCACAUCCGCAACACCAGCCGCCAAACCACCAACACCAAAAUCCACACAAUCCAAGCCUGUGAAAACCACAACACCCGCUCGAUCAACCUCCAACACACCACAACCAACUCCGCAGCAACCACAACAACAACAACUACCUCCCGUAAACCCACCACCACAACAACAAUCUCAACCCCCCCAACCCGUCCGCUGGUCCCUCCAAGGCUCGCUCCUCUUCCGCGCCGGCGAACUAACAUGGUACCAAAACGGCAACACCUGGCGUCUCGGCAUCAUCGCCUCGCCCAGCCCCAACCCCUCCUCCCCAACCCACACGAUGCUGCCCCUCGGCCACGCCCUCGUCCCCCAGCAAGCCGUCACAAAGUCCCAGGCCGACCUGCGUCCCUUCCACGCCUUCUCCGUGCCGCCCGUCGCACUCCCUGACCUUAAGGACAAGCAGUUCGACCAAAUCCCCUGGGACGCCCUCUUCCACGCCUCCGCCAACGACCCCCCCAAGCGGGAACUCCUCGCCCUCGACGCCUCCAAGCUCGCUGCCUCCCGCAUCGACGCCUCCUUCUCCCUCUGGUGCCCUCUGUCCGAGGACCCCAACGCCGAACCCCGCCCCUACUACGGCUGCUUCUUUGGCGCGGAGCGCAUCGAAAUCGGCGACUGUCUGCGCAUCAAGCCCGUUCCCUCUGAACCUUCCAUUGGAGAUACAUCCGUAAUGGGCCUGCGGUACAUAUACACCCGCAAUGACUACCCUGGCACAGUGUUCUUCCGCGGCAACGCUUACCAGCUCGCUAACCCGGAUACGCCACCCACAAGCAUCAUAUCAGAGGAUCAGCUCCCUAUUGCGCUGAGGGACGAGACAACGUGGCGAAACCAGGUGAAUUCCGCUAAACCGUGGCGCUGGGUCAUGGUGAAGGAGAAUCUUACCCUCAAUGACCAAUUCGUCAAGGGGAGGUUCUACCCUUCGCAUAGACUGAUGCCGAUUUUGAAUCCUGCGGGGUUUAAUGCCGCGCUUGCGCAGGGACAGGUCGAUGACCAGGUGCCGUAUCUGAACAACAGGAUGGACGGAGGGGCAGGCGGGUUCGUGGGACGAAAGGUGAAUAGGCUGGAUAGCCUGGGCGCUUCUGUGCCUAGAGGAUCUGUGAUAUCGCUCGAGCCGCUGAUCAAGGAGGAAGGGAUGCCGGUCUAG